GUGGAGUCAUGGGACUGCGUGACCUCAGAGCCCCUGGACGGGCUAGUUCUCUGACGUCAGCUCUCCUCCACCCCCGCAUCUGCUGGUCUUCAAAUGGCCCCCCUCCAGCUAGCUCCAGACACACACGGAUUGCAGAGCAAGCCGGAGAGGAGAGAAUCCAGCAGGACCCACAGCCAUGAGACAUAACAUGUCAAAGCCCUCAGAGGCAGCACGUCGUCGCUGCUCCGGCCUGACCCGGCGGGUACUCACGAUUACGUUCGCACUGCUCAUCCUGGGCCUCAUGACCUGGGCCUACGCCGCGGGCAUCCCUCUCGCCUCCGAUCGCUAUGGCCUCCUGGCCUUCGGCCUCUACGGGGCAUUCCUCAGCGCGCACCUGGUGGCGCAGAGCCUCUUCGCUUACCUGGAGCAUCGGAGGGUGGCGGAGGCGGCACGGCGCGCCUCGGCGAAGGGACCCCUAGACGCGGCCACUGCACGCAGCGUGGCGCUCACCAUCUCCGCCUACCAGGAGGAUCCCUCGUACCUGCGCCAGUGUCUGACCUCAGCACGCGCCCUGAUGUACCCUCGAGCGCGGUUGCGCGUCCUUAUGGUGGUGGACGGCAACCGCGCAGAGGAUCUGUACAUGGUGGACAUGUUCCGCGAAGUCUUCGCUGAUGAGGACCCCGCCACCUACGUGUGGGAUGGCAACUAUCAUCAGCCCUGGGAGCCGGCGGAGGGGGCAGGAGCAGUGGGUACCGGUGCCUACCGCGAGGUGGAGGCUGAGGACCCAGGGCGGCUGGCAGUGGAGGCGCUGGUGAGGACACGCAGGUGCGUGUGUGUGGCGCAGCGCUGGGGCGGCAAGCGCGAGGUCAUGUACACGGCUUUCAAGGCGCUUGGAGACUCCGUGGACUACGUGCAGGUCUGUGACUCAGACACAAGGCUAGACCCCAUGGCACUGCUGGAGCUUGUGCGAGUGCUGGAUGAAGACCCCCGGGUAGGGGCUGUUGGAGGAGAUGUAAGGAUCCUUAACCCUCUGGAUUCCUGGGUCAGCUUCUUGAGCAGCCUGCGAUACUGGGUAGCCUUCAAUGUGGAGCGAGCUUGUCAGAGCUACUUCCACUGUGUGUCCUGCAUCAGUGGUCCUCUGGGCCUGUACAGGAACAAUCUCCUGCAACAGUUCCUGGAAGCCUGGUACAACCAGAAGUUCUUGGGCACCCACUGCACUUUCGGGGAUGACAGGCACCUCACCAACCGCAUGCUCAGCAUGGGCUAUGCUACCAAAUACACCUCGCGCUCCAGAUGCUACUCGGAGACGCCCUCUUCCUUCCUGCGCUGGCUGAGCCAACAGACCCGCUGGUCCAAGUCUUACUUCCGCGAGUGGCUGUACAACGCCCUGUGGUGGCACCGCCACCAUGCAUGGAUGACCUAUGAAGCGGUGGUCUCGGGCCUCUUCCCUUUCUUCGUGGCUGCCACAGUGCUGCGGCUCUUCUACGCUGGGCGCCCGUGGGCUCUGCUCUGGGUGCUGCUGUGCGUGCAGGGUGUGGCGCUGGUUAAGGCGGCCUUUGCAGCCUGGCUAAGAGGCUGCCUCCGCAUGGUGCUGCUGUCGCUCUAUGCACCGCUCUACAUGUGUGGCCUGCUGCCUGCCAAGUUCCUGGCAUUGGUUACCAUGAAUCAAAGUGGCUGGGGCACCUCAGGCCGGAAGAAGCUAGCUGCUAACUAUGUUCCGGUGCUACCCCUGGCACUCUGGGCUCUGCUGCUGUUUGGAGGCCUGGUCCGCAGUGUUGCCCAGGAAGCGCAGGCCGACUGGAGUGGCCCAUCCCGGGCAGCUGAGGCCUACCACCUUGCUGCUGGAGCAGGCGCCUAUGUAGCCUACUGGGUGGUAAUGCUGACUCUCUAUUGGGUGGUUGUGCGGAGGCUCUGCAGGCGUCGGAGCGGUGGCUAUCGAGUUCAGGUGUGAGUCUGGCCAGGAACAUGCCCUCUGAGGGCGGUAGGGGAGGCAAGAGGAGUCCUGCAGGGUAGCUGCAGGAGCCACGAAUUCCAUGGGGGCUCCCUGGCCUCAGUUUCCCUUCUCUUUGAAAUGAGACAGCCAUCCAAGAUUCUUGGAAUGCAUUAUUGGAAUAUAGCCAAUGGACUGUGUUGGAACUCAAGACUUGUGGGUCUCUGGGGAGGGGUAAUUUAUUGAUCAGGGUGUGUGUUUGUAGGACCACGGCUAGAAGGUCCCUGUUUUCUCCCUGUUGCUAUUUAAUGUUUGUACUGUGAUUAAGAUAUAAUAAAUUUUUUAUUUAUUUUCUUCCAA